GUUAUCCCAGGGCUGUGUGCAUUGAAAACUGGAAGGCUCCACCUGUUUUUUUCUCCUUCUUGGUAGCGCCCAGAUCAAGGUGGUGGCGAGCGUUGAUCGCGGGUAGACGGAGUUCAGCGGCGCGUUGGGCUGGGAGCUGUUGGCGGCUCUAGCUGGCUGUCAUGAGGCACCUGCCGUACUUCUGCCGUGGGGAGGUGGUGAAGGGUUUCGGCAGAGGCUCCAAGGAUCUAGGCAUCCCCACCGCUAACUUUUCUGAGCAAGUAGUCGAAAGCUUUCCAUCUGAUAUUUCUACUGGUAUAUACUAUGGAUGGGCAUGUGUUGGAAAUGGAGAUGUGCAUAAAAUGGUUUUGAGCAUAGGAUGGAACCCUUUCUAUAAGAAUAUUAAGAAGUCAGUGGAAACACACAUUAUCCACACCUUUAAAGAAGACUUCUAUGGAGAAAUUCUUAGUAUAGUCAUCACUGGAUAUAUUCGGCCAGAAAGAAACUUUGAUUCCUUAGAUGCACUCAUUUCAGCAAUUCAGGAAGACAUUGAAGAAGCAAAAAGACAGCUAGAUUUACCAGAACACCUUAAACUCAAAGAAAAUAACUUCUUUCGUCUACCAGAAGGCAAAACAGUAAACAAACACUGAGGAAAUCUAUGCUGCUGUUUGUUUGUUUUUUCUCUAACCUCUCCUAUAUUACAGAGCUUUUAUAUUUGCACUGCUUUUAUAAGUACUUCAUUGUCAUAGGUCUAGGUUUCCUUGUGUUAGUUCAUCAUAAAUCCAGUAAGAGAAAAGGAAGAGAAGGCUGGUUUAAGUCCUUACAGAUAAAUUGUGUAUCAUAAAGUUACCAUUGUUCAGAGAUCUGAGCACAUACAGAACAUUACCGAGGUUAAUUGUGACCUCUUUUGACCUUGAAGUGUGAAUAUUUAGUUUAAGUGAAGAAUACCUGUUUUUAACAUGCAGAAUGUUAUUCCAACUUCUUUUCCCAGUUUUCUGUCAAUCUUAUGUCUGGAUUUUAGCUUAGAAAAGUUCGCUACUGAUGUAAAAGUUUCAUGUGGUGCAGGAAGCAAAUGGUUUGAUAAUGGUAAGAGUAAUUCUGUUUGCUUGUUGGGUUUUUUUUGUGCUACACAACUGUCAUGAUUGAAAUUGUUUUAAUUGAAAUUGUUUUAAAUUUAUUUGAAAUUGGAGGUCUCUUCCAACCUGGUUGAUUCUAUGAUUCUAUAAAUGAAACUUUCAGUCUCCCUUAGAAAUCAAUGACCUUUGAGAAAUUAGCGACCAAACAGAAACAGAAGACAAUUCAAGUUAAGUCUAUUGACAGAAGAGGGGGGAAAAAAUUAAGAGUUCAAACUAUCUCACUAAAGAUGAAAAGCUGGAGGGCAUUGCUGGAUGAAAGAUACUAAGUCAAGGCGGAAUGCGAGAUAAACUUCUUCAUAGUUGACUGUACAUAUCACAACACAGGACCUGUGGAGUUUGCUUCUGAAGAAGUGUUUCACUGACAAUCAGGAAGUGAGCGAGUGAAAGUUCAUAAAGGUUCAGGCACAGAAAGAUGGAGAAACAGUGUAGCAAGAUUUUUGCUUGUUGAACCUUAAGGCAAAAAAGGCAAUGAAAGGCAACUUUGUGGUUUAUGUGCUAGUGUUAUUUGUUAAAGGAAAAUGUGGAGAACCUUGGGGAUAUUCACUACACUGGCAAUAAACUGCUGACUUGUAGAAUGACAUCAUUGUAAGGCACAGAAAAAGAUUAUCAGAUCUCUGCUGCAAGUGCAAAUAAGAGCCAAGGUUUUGACUACCCAAGCAGAUGAAUGUACAAAUGAGAAGCCUUUGGGAAUUUGUGGUGAUACAUCAAAGCUACAGUGGGUAUUGGUUAACUAUUACAAGUAAUUGCAGCCAGUCCUACUCUGAAAUGUAUGGAUAGCUAACUGGGGAAGCAUUAUCAGAACUAAUUGGAAAAUACUUCUUUAAGUAUGUAACGCGUGAUUCCAAAUCUGUUCUCUGAUAAUUUUUUUCUGUGCCAUGCUGAGUGUGGAGCAAGGUAAGCUGUAGUGACUUUGCCAUGUCCAUUAUCUUUUGAUGUAAGCUUGUUAUUUGGUUGGAACAUUUCCUGAAAUUCAAAGUGAUUUUGUGGUUAUCUCUCAGUUGAGAGAUAACUGAACUACUGUAAGCAAUUUUGAAUGUACAAUUUCUGUAGUGCCACUUUAUGAAUAUACUCCUUAUCUUAUCCUAUUUGAAUCCUACUUUUCACUCUAGGAUUUGAGAGAGUUUUAGCAAGGUAGCUACUGUCUGAAUGUUAGUCCUACAUACUGUUUUAACUCAUAAUCUAAUAGUAUGGUAUAUUAUUAGGGAAGAGGUCUUGAGCAAAUGAAGGACUCUCUUGCUCUGUAGGACUUCAGGAGGAACUUGGUUUCAUUUAAGUGAGUUGUUCUUCACUUCUGUUGAUAGCAGAGACAAUACAGAACAGGGUUGGAGGGGCAGUUAUCAGCAAUUGAUAUACUUGCUUUCAAAGGAGAAAAAAUAGUGGACUUUCAUUAUAUAGUGUGUUAGAAACUGUAUUUCCAAAGUCUGUAAAAAAAUGUCUUGCAAAAAUGGAGGGAUAAAGGGAUAAAUUUAAAACCUUUUUUUCCAAGAUUUGAGAUAUUUUUUAGAUUGUAGCAAUGUCAAAAUCUUGUAUUUAACUUUUUUGUUAAAGAAUAAACAAAACCUACACUUAGUCAACUGAAUAUGUUGACAAGAAUAUAUUUAAAGAAUAGAUUGUUCUUCUUGGUACUGUAGCUGAAGGCUCAUAGCCUUCCAUUAAAAUUGUUGGGUUUGCCAGUAAUUUCAUGUCUGUUGCGGGAACCAUGGUGCCUUAAGCUGGUUGUCUGAAUCAUACUUUUCUGUAUCCGCUAAUAGACACUACUAUCAAGAUGCAUUUCACUGCUUGGUUAUAGAACCACUGUGCUAAUCUUGAUAGAGGACAAUCGUACAGGGAAAACUUGAAAAACUGUUAAUUUGCUCUUAAAUCUUAGUUGAGGUGUGAUGUAGGGAUACACUGAUCUAAAACUCUCAUGUGUUUGUCUUCAAAUCAGAAAAAGUUACUAUGUUAAUUUGACUGAGCUUACCUGUAUACGUUAUUUAAGCAAAAAUACAGAAACUGUUUAAGCUCAGUACGUAAUUCUUAGCACAAUACAGAUUUUAUGAAGGGUUACAUUUUUGUAUUAUGUACAAAUAACUGUAUUUAUUUUGGUUGAUGUUGCUGCACUCUGCCAUUAAUAAAGGAACU